GUCUUCUGUCAUUUUUCCCUUCAGAAGGAACUUUUGGGGCUUUUCGCCGCCGCCUCCGCUCACAGUACAUAUGUCACUUGUUCGGAGUUUUCAAUAUCAAUAGAAACUGAAGAGUGUUUUUGUGAUUGUAGCGUAAAUUGUGAAAGUCUCGUUCUGACAUUCGGAGGUGUUUCAUUCCAAAAUUUAGCGCCUUUCAGUGGCACCCACAUCUUGUAACAUGGCUCUCACGAAAUUAAAAGGAAACUUGGAGCGGAUAUUAGACAAAAAUUUGGCUGACUUAGUUAGAGGCAUAAGAAACAACAAGGAAAAUGAAGUCAAAUACAUCGCUCAAUGCAUUGAAGAAAUCAAGGCAGAACUUAAGCAAGACAACAUAGCAGUCAAAGCCAAUGCAGUUGCAAAACUCUCUUAUCUACAAAUGAUUGGAUAUGAUAUCAGUUGGGCUGGCUUUAAUAUAAUUGAGGUUAUGAGCUCUAACAAAUUCACUUUCAAAAGGAUAGGAUACUUGGCUGCAUCCCAAAGCUUCCAUCAAGAUACUGAGGUCCUCAUGUUAACAACAAAUAUGAUCAGAAAGGACCUGAGUAGCCAAAAUCAAUAUGAUGCAGGUGUAACAUUAUCUGGAUUGGCAUGUUUCAUUAAUCAAGAUUUAGCAAGAGAUCUUGCAAAUGAUCUGAUGACUUUGUUAUCUUCAACUAAACCUUAUAUAAGGAAAAAGGCAGUGUUGCUUAUGUAUAAAGUUUUCCUAUCGUUUCCUGAUGCCUUGCGACCUGCGUUCCCCAGACUUAAAGAGAAACUGGAAGAUCCGGAUCCCGGUGUACAAUCAGCUGCUGUCAACGUUAUUUGCGAGCUGGCCAGAAAGAACCCCAAAAACUAUCUCAGUUUAGCACCUAUUUUCUUCAAGCUCAUGACAUCUUCUACUAAUAAUUGGAUGCUCAUCAAAAUAAUAAAAUUAUUUGGAGCUUUAACACCUUUAGAGCCUCGCCUUGGCAAAAAGCUGAUUGAACCUUUAACUAAUUUAAUUCACAGCACCUCAGCGAUGUCGCUACUCUAUGAAUGCAUCAAUACAGUUAUCGCUGUUCUUAUAUCCAUAUCGACCGGCAUGCCUAGUCACAGUGCAUCUAUUCAGCUGUGUGUUCAAAAAUUACGCAUAUUGAUCGAAGACUCCGAUCAAAAUUUGAAAUACCUAGGCCUACUGGCCAUGUCGAAGAUAUUAAAAACACAUCCCAAAUCUGUUCAGGCGCACAAAGAUUUAAUCUUACUUUGCCUCGAUGAUAAAGAUGAAUCGAUACGAUUACGUGCUCUAGAUCUGCUCUACGGAAUGGUUUCCAAAAAGAAUCUGAUGGAGAUUGUAAAAAAAUUGAUGGUACAUAUGGAUCGAGCGGAAGGCACGCAGUACCGAGAUGAGCUUCUUUCUAAAAUCAUCGAAAUUUGCUCUCAAGAUAAUUAUCAUUUCAUCACAAAUUUUGAAUGGUACAUAAGCGUAUUGGUGGACUUGAGUCGUAUGGAAGGCCUUCGCCAAGGUCAUGUAGUCGCAUCCCAACUAAUGGACGUAACUAUACGCGUUCCAGCUAUUCGUCCAUUCUCUGUUGAACAAAUGGCUCUUUUGUUGGAAACGUCGAGUGGCUUUGCCGUUCGCGGAAUUACUGGGCAGGUAGCCUUCUCUUCCAUGUGUGAGGUGCUUUAUGCUGCCGCAUGGAUUUGCGGAGAAUUUGCAUCGCAUCUUAAAGAGCCCGAAGCAGUUUUGGAAUGUGUUUUAAAAAGCAAAGUGACUGUGUUACCUGGUCACAUUCAGGCUGUUUUCAUCCACAAUCUAAUGAAACUCUACGCUCAUAUUCUGCGCAAAGCGUCAACGGCAGAAGAGAAAGAAAGAGCGCGACAGACGUUGUGUGUAUUGCAAGAACGGUUGACUCCGUUCAUGCAGAGCGCCGAUUUGGAGGUUCAAGAGCGCGCCAGCUGUGCAGUCCACGUUCUCAAAGUGAUUUCCAAGUUGCAAGAUACGGGUGAAGCUGACGUCGUUCACGAACUUAUGCAACUCUUCAACGGAGAGCUGAAUCCUGUGGCACCUAAAGCACAGCGAAAAGUUCCUUUACCUGAUGGGCUGGAUUUGGAUGCAUGGAUUAAUGAGCCCGAACCAGAAUCAGAUGAUGAACCAAAAGCUGACAAAGGAUCCCUUGACAUCUUUUACAAGUCGAGCACAUCGGUGUCAGAUUUCCGCGACGGUUAUCAAGGCGAAGGCGUUUAUGAGGAAACGGAGCAUAUGCCACCCGAAGAUGCCCGCCAAUUGGCGGCCCGUCAGCAAGUACGUCGUGAAGCUCUUCGCGUCGAGCAGGCUAAUAAUCCGCAUUACCUCAAGGGUUCCAGUCAAGCGCGACGCUCUCCUUCUUCCCAACUGCUGUCUCCAGCCGAAGAGAUCCCGGUUGUGGCCAUCAACUUGUCCGUUCCACUCCAAGUGUCCACCAGUAAAAAAUUGUCCGACAAAUAUUUAGAACUAGAAAGGAGAAAAGAAGCCUCUUCUGAGAAAAAACAUCGGUCUAAACGGGACAAGAAAAAGAAGAAAAAGAAAGAUUCAAGCGAUGAGGAAGAGACUGUUCAAAUCGUCGCACCACAAGUGAUAUCCACCAUGGAAUUGCCUGAAGGGGCUCGUUUGUCCGAUUCGGAAGACGAUGGCCGACCACAGACAGACCCGCAUCGCGCGUUAAACAUUGAUUUAGACACCCCGUCUUAUCCGAAAGAAAAACCUGUGGUGCGCGCGAGUCUGGAGCCAGCAGUGUCCACACCACCGACCAAGAUAAAAAAAUCCAAGUCUAGAAACGGGAUAGAAGGUGCCAAGGAGGAGAAAGCCAAGAGAAAGAAAACGAAGCAGGAAAAGGAGGAAAAGGCGGAUAAGGCGGCGCCAGAUAAGGGUGUUAACCUCAAUGACGAUCUUGACUUCUGGUUGUCGGCCAGUAACGGCAACGAGGGUAAGGAAAAGAAAGUAGUCAGUAAAGGUGAAAUGACUAUCGAUGAAGCCGCCACGAGUGACCAGAAGAAGCCAGCAAAAAAUAAAAAAGAUAAAAAGGAAAAGAAAGAGAAAAAGAGCAAAAAAGAAAAAAAGGAAAAGAAAGAUACUCAAGACCGCGAUGAGCAGAACAACCAUUUAUCGGAACAUACGACUACUCCGAUAACAGUCGCGUGGAAACCCCUAGUAGAUGAUAAACGUCUUGUCAUGAAAUAUCGUGUUGUAGUUGUACCCCAUGAUCAGCAUCAAGUACUAAUACCGGUAAUGCUACAUAAUCGCAGCAGCAAAAUGAUUCAUUCGAUGAACUUUAAUGUGGUGGAUUCGGCAAACGCGCGUCUUUGUCGUGGUCAGCACGAGCAAGAUGGUGUCGAAUUGCCUCAUCAGCUGGCCGGCCAAAGUCGAGUGGAAAUUCCGCUUGCCUUUUCUGUCAUGGACAGCACCAUGGUGCACCAGCUUCGAGGUGUUCUGACUUACAUGACUCAGGGAGAAAAUGGAUCUGUCUCGGAAAAAUUGGACUUUAAACUUCAGAUUCCCUGCAGCGUUUUCCUUACUGCCGAUCCCAUGAGCAACGACCAGUUUGCCGAAUUAUUGGCUUCUCAAGAGUUGCCCGGCAAAGCCAAGAUAUUAUGCGAAGGGAUACCUUUAACCCAGGCGCUGGAUCGUGCCAGUAGAGAGCUUAACAUGCGUUUAGUGGAAAUGGAUAGUUCGGGAACAUCUGCCUCGUUAUAUAGCCGCCAUUUAUCCGACCAUCAUCUUUGCAUUCUCAUGAAAUCACAGGCGGAUGGUCGACUGAGCAUCUAUGGGAAAAGCAGCAAUCCAUCGUUGGCAAGUUCUGUUAUGGAAGAGAUGCGGCAAAUGUUUGCUUAAAAAUGUGUGGCAGUUCAAAUAAAAUGAAUUAAGCCAAGUGGAUGUAUAACCUACCUGGAGUAAUUGUGAAUCGAAACGCCGUAAAGGAAAGAGCCUUUGAAGUUGUUAAACUAUUCCAAGUUGAAUUCUAAUGUCAAUCCAAUCUAACAUGUUAUCGUAUUUUUCUAAACGGAUGUGGGUUGGGCGAGAUGGUGAGCGUAUUGGAUCAGUAAUGAUAAACAUCAUCACCUCAGCUUCCGUAAAAUUUCAAACAACAGCGAAAGAGAAAAUAUACAAUUUGGUUGAU